AUGCCGGAGAAUUUCGUCGAGUUUCAGAAGAUGCUCGCCAUCUUUUUCCCGCGCAUAAUUGAUUUGAAAGCCAUGAUGAAUGAGCACAAGUUCCUCAAAGGUGGCCUUCAGGAACUUGCAGAUGCACUUCACGUUCCUCGAAUAGGCUUGCAGCACCAAGCCGGCAGUGACGCCAUGCUAACUGGGGAGACCUUCUUCCGCUUUUUGGAGGUAUGUUUUUGUAUUGGUCAAUCUUACUUGCUUAGGAACAUUCUGAUGGAAAGUUGGAGUCCCACAUAGUCAACCUAGUCUAUGGACUUAAUUACUGUCCUAAUGGCUCGACAAACACAUUCAUGCAUGUAAACGGAUCGAGCCCCGUGCCGGAAAUGAAUGGGUUUUAUACAAAUCCCGGCAUGCCCAUCACUCAACGCAACAAGACCCACAGUGCUGACCACUCUGGCCGAACCUCUCCUGAAGGCUCUAUGAGUGGACACAAGAGCAGUUGA